AGUCUCUCUGUGAGAUCUGUUUUUAUCAGAAGUCAGAAAAUCUUAUAUUCUUCAAGACUAUCUUCACACACCUUGUUCAUGAAAUUGAUGAGAAGGAUCAUCAAUUUCAGUGUUCUGCUCUUAAUAUUAUACAAGUGAUAGCAAAGUUCACUCUGAUCACACUUUUUAAGUAUGAUGUUAAGAUAAUAACUCAUUAUAACUGUGUUACUCUCACUGUGAGAGAUACACAGUUGAUAAUAAAUAUUAUAAAGACUCUGAAAAGUGAAAAA